AUGUCUAGACUACUUCUGUUUAUUUUCUCAAUAUUUUAUUUAAAAGUAGUCAGGAAAGAAAGCAUGCAAACAUACUUAUUCGCAUGCAAGCUGACAAACUAGAAAAACAAGUUAACCAAGUUAGACAGUCAUUAGUCAGCCUAGCCGUCUAAAGUCAAGGGCAAUUUCAAUACAUGAGAUCAGCAAGGACAACGCUGAACACAUUUUUAAAGACAUAUAUUGAUCCAAUGAUGCAUUGCUAAUGUGAUGUGUUGAAAAACCUUUAUUUCUUCAAAGUGGAUGUACAGCUGGCGUGAGGAGAACAGAGCCUAACAAUUCAGUCAUGAUAUACAUGCGAAGAGGAAAAUUGAGAUUCGUUUUCAUGGUGGCUGCCCUCAUAAUAUCGGUAUGCCUUGUCCUCAAACUCCUGCUGGAUCCUGAACUAACAUUAUCAGAUUUAGUAGAAAGGUCAUUGGGGGGAGCAGCUUCUGACCAGUUGAAACCUGAUAAUCAUAAAGAUGAUGGUCCUAAAGGCAAAUGUGGCCUUCCAAAACCAUGUCCUGAAAAUAAUUAUACCUUUAAGAUGUACAGCGGCGCAACGAGCAUCAUUGGACCACGAAUAUGCUUUGAGGGGAAAAUGAUAAUAGAGAAAGAAACACGAGGAAAUCGACAAGGAAUUAAUAUUGCUGUUAUCAAUGAAAAAACGGGUGAACACAUUAAAACUGGCAUCUUCAAUAUGUGGAACGGAAAGGUUGAGGAGCUGAUAGAGUUUCUGAAGUCAAUUGAGGAUGGUUCUCUUGUGCUGAUUGCCACUUUUGAUGAUCCAGCCACAAAACUUAAUGAUGAAGCAAGGACACUCUUUGCAGAGCUUGGCAGUUCAUAUAUUUCCCAGCUGAAAUUCAGAGAUAACUGGGUCUUUGUGGGAGGAAAGAAAACCAAAACCAAUAUCUCUUUUGAGCAGCACAUAAAGAAUGACAGGGAAACCAAUAAGUACGAAGGCUGGCCAGAAAUUAUUGAGAUGGAAGGUUGCAUACCUCGAAUAGACUGAAUUUUCCUACGGCGCAAUUUGUUCUGCUAAAUAAUGCCUUUUAAAUCAGGCACCAAGCUGAGCCACAAUUCAUUUCUAAUGAGUUACAUGAUACUUUGGACUGUCUUGAAUAUAGAGUCAUUCAUUUUUGGCCAGAGGUUAUCCUGGGCUUUUAUAAUAUUAUAUACUAUAUAAAAACAUUUUUUUUAUAUUGUUAUAUAGUAAAUAUAUUUGGUUAUUUUUAUUUUAUUUUUUUUUGUCUGGGUAUUUUUAUCAUUGUAAGUGUUAAAAAUGUUAAUUAACGUUGAUAUUUGUAUGUUCUAUUUGUGAUAUUAAAUGGUUGUUUGGA